CCUCUUUAUUGAUCACAAAAACCGAAAAGGAAAAAUUGAGAAGCAAUGCGUUAAUGCAAAAUGUGGGACAAACCGACAAAUUUAUUUUCACUUCUUGUAUUGUCAUCCCUGAUUUGUCUAGGAUCAGGACAGGAAAAAGUCACAAAACAACACCCCGAAUUACCAAAUCUUGCUAGAAGUUGGGCCCAAAAAUUAGGAGGCGAAUUGUGGCAUUUCGGGGAAUUAGUAACACGAAGAACAAGAGUUAAUGAGAGUUUCAAAAGGCAUAGUGUUAUUAAAGAGGAAAGUGGGGAAACGAUUUUAAAAGCCAUACAUGAAAAAAUCUACAAUAUGACCAAAGAAAAAGUGGAAGCUGUUAAGAGAAUAAUGGAUAUAGCGGAAGAAGCAGCAAAAGCGCAACGAGAGGAAGACAUAGAUGUUAAUUACCAAUUUGUUAAUGCCAAAAAUUUGACAAAUUCGGCACCAAAUUACACACUAAAUGACCAAGAACCACAAGAGGUCCGACAAGACAUCCAUUACGACGACUCAUUUAUAACAAGCGAUCGUCGAUUUGAAGAAAGGUACCAAGCGAUGGUACAACAAGACGAAGAGUUGGAUGGGUACCAACAGGAUCAAGACCAACAGGAAGAAGAAGAAGAGGAAACGGACAGUGAUAUUGAAAUAACCAAUGGGAGUGAAAAGGACCCCCAAGCCAGUCAAGUACCUCAAACUGACCGAAGCAAACUACCCCUCUAUCGCAAUCGAAAUUUUUAUAAUAUUCCAGUAAAUACGAAUUUUAGCGCUGUCCAUGUCCCCAGUAAUGUCUACGAGAGAUCAAAAGAAGUGAUUUCUGGAAUCAUCUGGUCGGAACUUUUGGACAAAACCUUCAAAAACAACUACAAACUAGACCCGACAUUAUCUUGGCAGUAUUUCGGCAGCUCGACCGGUUUCAUGCGCCAAUUCCCUGCCAUGAUUUGGUCCCAAGACCCCAUCGAUUUGUUCGACUGUCGUACCAGAUCCUGGUACAUCGAAGCAGCUUCAUCGCCAAAAGACGUCAUAAUCCUCGUCGAUAGAUCUGGAUCUAUGACUGGAAUGCGUCGGGAGAUUGCCCGUCACGUGGUCCACAACAUUUUAGACACUUUAGGCAACAACGACUAUGUCAAUAUCUUCACGUUUAGCAACACAACCGAUCCUUUGAUUGAGUGUUUUGACAAUAUUUUAGUCCAGGCGAAUUUGGCCAAUGUGAGGGUUUUGAAAGAGGCAAUGGCCGAUUUUAAAACCGAACAAAUCGCAAAUCUCUCCCUUGCACUUGUCACAGCAUUCCAGCUUUUGGAGACGUACCGGAAUGAGAGCAGGGGUGCCAAUUGCAACCAGGCGAUUAUGUUGGUCACCGAUGGGGUGCAGGAUAACUACAUGGAGAUCUUCAGGGAUUAUAAUUGGGAUAAUUUGCCGUUUAUUAAUGUGCGAGUGUUUACGUAUUUGAUCGGGAGGGAGGUGUCCGAUGUGAGGGAUGUAAAGUGGAUGGCGUGUGCUAAUAGGGGAUACUAUGUCCAUUUGAGCACUUAUGCAGAAGUGAGAGAGGAGGUUUUGCAGUAUAUUCCGGUGAUGGCAAGACCAAUGGUUUUGAAUGCGAAUCAAAAACCGAAUCCGACAUGGAGUCCGGUUUAUGCCGAUGUGACUGAUCCCAAAUUGACCAAUUGGUUGUGGGUCAACAGGGAGAGAAAUAAACAAAGGGAGAGACUUUUGGCGUAUUUUGGACGGAAAAAGACACUUCUGUCGUCUGAUGAACAAGAUAAGAAGUUCGUCCAUCAGCAAAAACACAAACAAGACAACUUCGGAGAAUUGCAAACCUACCGCUUGAUGACUUCGGUUUCCCUUCCAGUAUACGACAAGAAGCCUCGCGCGGAACGCGUCGCUAACCUUCUCGGAGUCGCCGGAACGGACAUUCCCAUCGAGUACAUCGAGGCCCUAAUGUUGCCCUAUCGACUCGGUGUCAACGGUUACGCUUUUAUUGUCACAAAUAACGGCUACAUACUCACCCAUCCGGACCUACGCCCUGUGUUCCAAGGGAUCCUGAAACCGGCCUAUAACCGAGUCGACAUGACCGAAGUCGAGGUCAUGAACGACGACAGCGACCCCCGGAAUUUCAGCGAUCAAAUUCUGGAAUUCCGGCGUCGAGUCGUCAUGCAAGAAAAGGGUGACAUAACUUUACAGGUCAAGAGCCACAUUGACGAAAUGAGACGACUAGUGACCGGCACACGUCACUAUUUCUACAUGGGGGUCAACAAUACCCCUUUUAGUCUUGUGAUAGCACUUCCGACCAAAUAUGGGUUUAAUAAAGUCGAGCAUCCGGUGGAAAAUGAUAUACACCGGAUGAGGUCCAAUGAUAAGAUUGAUAAGAGUGAAGGGUGGCUCACGCAGUUUUUUACGGGGAAUUGGACCCUACAUCCAGACUGGCAUUAUUGCCGGUAUUUGGAUAAUCGCUACGAAUUUGAGACGCCAGAGGAGGAGUUUUUGCACUUUUUGAGGAAAAUUGAAGGGACCAAAUGGAAAUGGGUCGAGUGUGAUCGUGGCCUUAUAGUCAAGGUCGUUGCCGACGCGAAAAUCACCUCCUGGUUCAGCGAAAACAUCACAAAUUCGAACAGCAGUAAAGAAGAGAACGGACCCAUAGCUAUGUUGAUGGCUUUAAUACCAAGGGAUAAAUUCAUCCGUCGGUUUGGCAUCACUGUGGCAUUCCUCUCGACUCAUAGUGGCCUUACUCGAUGGCAGGACUUCCCCCAAAAUGUGGACGCAAUAGCGAAAGAAGAACCGACUUUUAGACACUUUCACAUGCUCCACAACAAGGCCAUAGACGAGAUUUGGUACCGAAGAGCCGUCGAGUACCAUUAUGUGGAUCCGACAGCUUACAUAUAUUCAGUACCGUUUGAUAUCGGGGCGGAAAAUAACACUUUACUAACCGUAAGUCACGCGAUUUUCCGUGAAGACGGCGGUAAAAAGGCACCAGCGGCUGUCAUCGGGUACCAAUCGUACCAUUCGGCCUUGUACGCCCUGUUCCGUAACAUUACAACCAGUUGUGGCGAUAUUCCAUGCAAACGAACUUGCGAAACUGACGAACUCGAUUGUUUCUUAUUGGACGACAAUGGAUACAUUAUUGUCAGUGACGACUUGACCCACACUGGUUUUUUCUUUGGAAAAGUACGACCCGACAUUAUGAGUUUUCUGGUCGAGGAAGGGAUUUACAAAGUGACUCGAAUGUACGACUACCAAGGACUCUGUCCCGAAGAACAAGAAAGCAAUAAUCCAGCUUCGAGUUUCUCAACGCCUUUGGAGCACCUCUUUCGUCUCAUCCACUGGACCACCGCCACCUUCUUCUACCUCCUUCACACCAUCAGUGCCGAAUUGGAAACCAUUUCAUACCCUGAAGAAGACCACGAGAUGCACAGUUACGAUUCCGAACACGAUUUUGAAUCGGAAACCACCGAACAACCCUCCCGACUCACCGAAAAAGAAUUCGAUCAACGCGUUUUACUCAAAAAAACCAAACCAGAACCAUGCGACUACGAAAUGUGGUUUUACACUUUAGUCCAUUAUCCCGAGAAAAGCAUUCCGAGUAGUGGAUACAACAAGGGUAUGACCAACGAUUGCACCAGACCGUUUAUAGUCCAGAGGGUUUUCAACAGUAAUAUGAUACUGUUGGUGGUUAAUAGUGUUUGUGUGGAGAAGGAGAAUACCAUGGCGAAAAUGCCGGAUCCGGUCCUGGUGGAUUACAACAUGUCUUUGGCCUGCUAUAGGGCCCUUUUUAACAAUUUCACCAGGAGGCACUACAUGAGCUGCAUCAAUAGGAACGUCAACGAAAGCGAAAUCAAACUUUGCGGUGACGCCUCUCUGGCGUCUUCUUCGCUUCUUCCCUUAAUUCUUCUCACCAUUGUGCAUCUCAUAAUCUAGACUUAAAUCUAGAUAAUUUGGAAUAUCUGUGAUAAACUCAACCAUUCGCAACCAUAUCCGAGGUUUACCAUUAUUUGUUCUUUGUCAUUAUCUAUUCGAUAUGUAAUGCUCAAUAAAUACUUUUG